AUGUCUGCAGACACACUAGACAGCCUAAAUCCCGGCUUUCAAGAAUGUCCAUUAUGCAAAAACCAGGUUCAUGUAGCUACCGGAGGGGACGUGAAUCUUGAAUUCCAUAUGAGUGGGGCGGAAUGUUUGAGAACACAGAAAAAAGCCAAAGAACAGGAAAAAAUCUCAGCCCAAGCAAAGAACUUCAGUGCCUGGUUUUCUAAUCCCGCAAAAGCCAAACCAACACAUUCAUUCAAAUUAAAUCCGCCACCACCACUCCACCACAAGCCAACACCUUCCCUUAAGCCCGUGCUUAAGCCAUCCCACUCAGAUAUCACCAGGCCCCCUAUCCCUAUUUCUCCUCGACCUCCUGACAGAAACACACCAUUCUCUGCACUCCAUGAUAUGGAAAAACUGAGCCCACUAGAGAGGGUGGGUGCCCUCACCAUGCUCCUUCCUUCCUCCAUUCCAGUUGCUCAUGAAGACAAUGCAAUCUGGCAAUUAGGGACACUGGACCCAUCCUCCUGGGCUGAGACAAACUGUAGCAAGGAUAGAUUGGGAACUCAUUAA